GCCCUCUUUGUUUACAGCAGACUGAAGUGGAAGCAAGAGCUUCCGAAUACGAGCUAUCGCUUUUCAGCGGCUCUAUCUAACGACCACACGGCUCUACACGUUACUCUACUACAUUACGGUUUUUAGCUCCUUGUUGGAUAACCUUUAUUCGCAAUCAUGGUGGCCAUGACAAAGAGAGUAAAAACCUUCCAGGUCGCUUUUUCUGAUCCCAGUAAGACGUUUUACUGCGGAGGAGACAAGGUGUCUGGACGGGUGGAGGUGGAAGUGAACGAGGUGAUGCGUGUGUCCGCAGUGAAGGUUCGGGCUCUGGGCUGUGCUAAAGUGGAAUAUGCUAAAGGAAAGCAGCGUUGUCGUCAGGAGGCUGAAUACCUGAGAUAUGAAGAGGUUCUGCGGCUUGACGACCAGCCCACAGACUCUGAUGGAUCAGUCGUCUUGAGGCCUGGCAACAAAUACCAGUACACCUUUGGAUUUGAGCUCCCACAGCAAGGGCAGUUGGUGUCUUCAUACAAGGGCAAAUUUGGGUAUGUCCAUUACUCUGUGAAGGCCGUGAUGGAGAGGCCACAGCAGCCUCCUCUGGAGUGCAAGAAACCCUUUGAGGUGGAAGAGCCUCUGGAUGUCAACACCCCAGACCUGCUGUCUCCUACAGGUGGCAUGAAGGAGAAGAAGGUCACCUGCAUGUUCAUUCCAGAUGGUCAGGUGUCACUUAAUGCUAAGAUCGACCGCCGUGGCUUCUGUGAAGGUGAAGACAUUUGCAUCAAUGCAAAGUUUGAGAACACCUGCUCCCGCAUCGUGGUGCCCAAAGCAGCCAUCAUUGCCAAACACAUCUAUCAGGCCAACGGUCGGACAAAGGUCUUCCGUCAGAAGCUGUCAUCAGUGCGUGGAAACCACAUCAUCUCUGGCAUGUGUGACGCCUGGCAGGGAAAGAGCAUCAGGGUUCCAAAGAUCAAACCAUCCAUGCUGAGCUGCAACAUCAUCCGUGUGGAGUACGCGCUCAUGAUUUAUGUCCACAUCCCAGGAAGUGAGAAACUGAUCCUGGAGCUGCCUCUGGUCAUCGGGACUGCCGGUCUGGGCAGCCGCAGCAACAGCGUCAGCAGUCAGGAGGGUUCAGUCAGCAACGCCUCUCAGAGCUGGGUGUCUCUCAGGAUGCCCUCUGAACCGCCCAGCUACAGCGACAUCCCCCGCGACUGCGGCCUGGACCAGCCCCUCACUCCACUCCUGGAUGACUUUGAUGGUGACGACAGCCCAAUCUUCAUGAACGCAUUCCCAUUCCCAUCACCGCCACCUUACACUGAGGCUGAGGAGGAGUUCAAUGGCAACGCUCGCAUGCUUCCUGUCUUCUGAAGUCCAGCAGAGCUUCUAGAACUGUGGUCCAGCUCUCAGGGACCGUUAAUUUAAGGCACUUCAAAAGGAGCAGAAGGUCCAAACUCCAGAGAAGAUGUGUUGGAUGGAGAAGUAAAGCCAGGACUGUGGGGGUGGACAGAAAGACACUUGCCUGUUGUAUCAGCUGUCUUCACUGCGCUUCAUCGCCUUCGCUGAUCCUGACUGAGUGUUCAUGGUGGUGUUCUUCAGGUCGUGGAUGUGAAGGUCGAGCCACACAGUCUGUGGAGCACUACGUAUCUGAAUAAGCUGUCCCUUCCAGAGACUCUUGAUCAGGGUCUCAUUGCCUAUCACAGACACUUUAUGACUUUGUUAUUGGGGCCAAGCGUUAAAUGAGUCAUGCCCAAACCUGCUGUGACAGCUUUGCUUUUUAGGGGUUUGUCUUUUCCUCAUUCCAGUCAAACCCUGUACCUGUUAAGGAUUCAUUAGAAAAAACCUCCUUUUGUUACUUCUGUCCAGUCAGUUUGUGUUGCUGUUAAGAAUUAGUCUUGAAUAUUGUUGCCUUUGAGAAUUACAGCAUGUAGAAUAAUCUUUCCUGGAUGCAGAGAGAGUCUCAUGCAGCAUCCAUAGUUUCAUAUGUAUCAGUGUUUGAAAACAAUUAUGGUUUGUUCUUGUUUUUAUUGCACUUUUUUUAUGAAUGCAUUUUGCUCUACUACUGCCUACAAGCAUUUAUUUGUUAAGUUUGAACAAUGUUUCUGAUGUUUAGAGUGAACCCUGUAGGUAAAACACUCCAGACUUGUUGAAAGCCUCACAUUUAUUUUCCAAACCCAGGUUUGGUGGUGAGCGGUGGUUUCUGAGCACUGCCAGUGCCAAACACGAUCUAUAAAACAUACAUGCUCCAGACUGAUGGAGCUUACCUCAUGUGAGGAUAAUCAUUCUAUCUGAUCUGCAGUUGUCCUAGACAACAUUUCACUGUGAGAUCCUUCCUGUGGUGGUUUCACAACUUCUAUUCUUUCAGGGUUCAAAGAUAAUAAUCACUGUUUAAGACUGAUUUGUGAGAGAUAUAUUUGUAAUGCAUUCUUGAUACUUAAAAUAAGUAUUUUUGUAUGAAACCCUAUGGGUUAACUUUUUUUAAUAAAGAAAUGUUCAAUAUCAA